CUUGUGAAGAAGUUGGAAUUGAAACCAGUAUUCAAGAAAAUUUAUUGAGAUGUUUGAAAAUAUUGAAUCCUGAAACAAAAAUAAAUGAUCCUAAAUCUUUUAAUGGAAACCCCGGGUAUAGAAGUAUGGAUGACCUAGUAAAAGCAUGUUAUGAAAAAGGUUGGGUAAAAGAUUCUGAUCCUGAAUUUAUUGGUAAAGAAUUUGAACCCCAUCCUAAACUUAAAAAUUUGCUUGCGGUAACUAACCCCAAUCAAGAAAAACUAUGGAAAUGCUUGAAAAUAUUAACACCUGAAAUCUCUAAUUUUAAUCCUGAAUACAAUUAUAUUGAUGACUUAGUAAAAGCAUGUUAUAACCAUGGACCAACAGCAAAAAAUGAUCCUAGAUAUAAAGACAAAGGAUAUAAACAUAAGCCAGAUAUUAAAUUUAUUAAAAAAUUAAAUAGAU